AUGAAUUCGAGUUUGUAUAGUGUGGGGCUGAAGCUAACCAGUGAAACUUUGGGCGCUGCAGCUGCGAACAGCCUUCCGGUUUUUACUUUCAUCCUCGCACUUAUUUUCCGAAUGGAAAAGGUGGAUCUAAAGAAAAUGAGUGGAAUAGUGAAGAUAUUAGGGGUAUGCCUUUGCGCUGGGGGAGCGGCAACCAUUGGAUUGUACACUGGGCCCACUUUUAAGCUACAUCACCACCCCUUCAACUUGCACGGCCACGAUGCAUCUCAUCGGGCUGCUUCUUCUUCCGGCAAGAAAUGGAUUAUGGGUGUCAUGUUUACCUUCUUAUCUACCUUUUGUGGGAGUUUCUGGAUCGUCUUACAGAAUGGAGUUCUGGAACGAUACCCUUCCAAGCUUUUGAGCACAACUAUUCAGAUUGUCAUUAGCACUGUUCAAACAUUUGUUGUUGCUGUUAUUUUUGAGAGAGAUUUUGAUCAAUGGAAGCUUGGGUGGAAUUUCCAACUCCUAGCUGUUGCUUACUGUGGAAUUGUUGUGACAGGGCUUGGAAUUUACCUGCAAACUUGGGUUGUGCAGAAGAAAGGUCCUCUCUUCAUGUCAAUCUUUACACCUCUGGCAUUGAUCUUCACCAUGGCUUUUUCUGCAUUUUUAUUCGGAGCCAUUACUAGUUUGGGAAGGAAAACUGCACCACACUUAACGUUCAAGAGUUUCGGAAUGCUUUUUGCGGUCUCUUUUGUUGGGAUGACAAUGAAUUCGAGUUUGUAUAGUGUGGGGCUGAAGCUAACCAGUGAAACUUUGGGCGCUGCAGCUGCGAACAGCCUUCCGGUUUUUACUUUCAUCCUCGCACUUAUUUUCCGAAUGGAAAAGGUGGAUCUAAAGAAAAUGAGUGGAAUAGUGAAGAUAUUAGGGGUAUGCCUUUGCGCUGGGGGAGCGGCAACCAUUGGAUUGUACACUGGGCCCACUUUUAAGCUACAUCACCACCCCUUCAACUUGCACGGCCACGAUGCAUCUCAUCGGGCUGCUUCUUCUUCCGGCAAGAAAUGGAUUAUGGGUGUCAUGUUUACCUUCUUAUCUACCUUUUGUGGGAGUUUCUGGAUCGUCUUACAGAAUGGAGUUCUGGAACGAUACCCUUCCAAGCUUUUGAGCACAACUAUUCAGAUUGUCAUUAGCACUGUUCAAACAUUUGUUGUUGCUGUUAUUUUUGAGAGAGAUUUUGAUCAAUGGAAGCUUGGGUGGAAUUUCCAACUCCUAGCUGUUGCUUACUGUGGAAUUGUUGUGACAGGGCUUGGAAUUUACCUGCAAACUUGGGUUGUGCAGAAGAAAGGUCCUCUCUUCAUGUCAAUCUUUACACCUCUGGCAUUGAUCUUCACCAUGGCUUUUUCUGCAUUUUUAUUCGGAGCCAUUACUAGUUUGGGAAGUAUUCUGGGAGCGGUGUUCUUGAUCGGAGGCCUAUACUGUGUAUUAUGGGGAAAGAACAAGGAGCAAAAAAUGGUAGCAAACAACACUAGUAAUCCAACGGUUGAGAGCGAGAAGGGGUCAAUCGUCGGAUCAACGGAAGAAACCGAGACACUAGCUCCGCGCCCUCAUCACCAACGUUCAACUUCUUUGGUGUAA